AUGAAAUCCCAUGAAAAAUCCAAAGUGCACAUGAAUAAUGUUUUUAGCUUUUCCAUGCUUGGUAAGUUAAAUAUAAAAACCCAGUUAAAUUCGGCUUAUCGCGAUGCUCUAAUUAAACAUAAUCAACAAGUUGAUAAGAAUCUAUAUGUUUUAAAUAAAAUUAUAAAUUGUAUAAGGUUUUGUGGAGCCUUUGAAUUAGCUUUAAGGGGUCACGAUGAGAAAGAUAAUUUAGAAAAUAGAGGCAUAUUUAAGGAGCUGGUGAAUUUUAGCGCCGAAUUAGACAACGACUUAAAGGUUCAUAUUCAAAGUUCAAAAGCUUUCAAAGGUACCUCAAAAAUAACCCAAAAUGAACUUCUUGAGUGUAUGUUAGAUGUUUAUCACGAAGAAGUUAGGAAAGAAAUAGAAAAUUCUCCUUUUGUACACGACGCCAAAUCAAUCGCUGAAUGCAUUUUAAAUGUUCUAGUUUAUUUAAAUUUGUAUGAACUGCUUAAAGAAGUACAACUUACUUUAUGGUGUAUAAUCAUAAUAAACUUAAUUCCAUCUGCCAGAUUAUUUAAGUCAUUUAAAUGA